GCAAUUUCUCUCUGGUCCAAGAACGGCCCUUCAAAAAGCAUUUUUUUCUGGAUUGGAUUAGAUUGGCUUAGGAUAUUCUGUUGAGCAAUGCGGGUGGAAUAAACGAACAGUGCUCCACUUCCACUGCAACUACGUACACAACUUGUCAAUUUCCUCACCCCAUGUGAACAUCAGAUGCUUUAUCUUGGUGUCCGUGUACUCUGAAAUGGAGGUGAUUGCUUGACUUUACUGAAACCCACCAGAGAUAAAAACGAGGCAGAGAUAAUGAUAAAAUAGUUACGUUUUAGGACUUGGGUGCUUUGAGUGCUUGACUUUACUGAAACCCAGCAAAGAGAAAGAGAUGGGUAGUAGUAAUAGUAGUACUAGUAGUGUGUGGACAAGCGUUGGAAUGGCUCUUGGAUUCAAGCGCUUCAAUUCAGCUUCUUCAGAAUUUGAUGAUCUGGAUUCUGCCUGCAGGCUUAAAGCCAAGGCUACAGCAGGUAAAUGCCCAAUCUUGGACAAAGAAGUGGCACAGCCUCCUCCUUCUAAGAGGGGCGUUUUCAGCUCUGCUCCUGGCAUUUCUAGAAGCAAGAGCAAGAGCAGGAGCUGGAGCUGCUGCCCAAUAUGCUUAGAGACAAUGAAAGCAGGACAGGGGCACGCAAUAUUCACAGCAGAGUGUUCACAUACAUUUCAUUUUCCUUGCAUAGCGUCGUACGCCAGGCGCGGGAAUCUGACGUGUCCCGUUUGCAGACUGAGCUGGAAGGAGGUCCCAUGGCACUGGCACGGCCACCCCCAGAGUUCGAACCCCCUACCUCGCACUGCAUCGCUCCUCACCCACCAACAGCAGCUCCAAGAGCAAGAAGGCCUAAGAAAUGCAGAACAAGAGCAGAAAAGAAUGGAUCCCAUCCUAAGAAUUCUGGACGAGUCCAUUGCAGGCUUAAGAGGAAACCAAAAUACGGAUUUUCCCGAACCCUCGACAUACAAUGACGACGAAAAAUUAUUCAUAAAUUCUUUUGCAGUUCAAAGGGAAGAAGGAACCAGCAGUUGCAGAGAAGAAAAAAUCGACAUAGCCCUGCAUCCCGAGGCCGAGGCGGUAACCGCUGCAAAUGCCGGUGAUUUUACAGUCCUGGUGCACAUAAAAGCUCCGCAAAGUAUAAUAGAGAACAAUAAAAAGGAUACAGGGCCGUCAAGUAACAGAUUGCGGGCGCCGGUGGAUCUGGUAGCGGUUCUGGAUAUAAGUGGGAGCAUGGCGGGAACAAAGCUUGGGCUGCUCAAACGGGCCACAAGCUUCGUUAUUGGAAGCCUCAGCCCAGCGGAUCGCUUAUCAGUAGUAGUAUUUUCUUCCAAAGCCCGGCGGCUUUUCCCUUUAACUUGCAUGUCACAUGACGGGCAGAGAUCGGCGAGACGAGUAAUCGACCGUCUGGUGUGUAGCGGCGGUACAAAUAUUGGCGAUGGUGUGCGAAAAGGCGUAAAGAUUCUUCAAGAUCGCCAUGAAAGGAACCCUGUGGCUGGCAUUAUGCUACUUUCCGACGGCCAAGAUACAUUCUGUAUGUCGACUGAAAGGCAUGAAUUUGCGAGCAAUUUUCCGAUUCAUGCUUUCGGCUUCGGCGUCGACCACGAUUCGGCCACAAUGCACAGAAUUGCAGAGGAUUCCGGCGGGACAUUUUCGUUCAUCCAGUCGGAAUCUUUAGUCCAGGACGCUUUCGCGCAGUGCAUCGGCGGGCUGCUGAGCGUCGUGGUUCAGGACGUGAGGUUGGAGAUUUCCCCUCAAUUCGAGGGAGUCGAACUCAAGACCAUCCACGCAGGAAGUUACAGGGCGGAGAUUGGCGGUGAGGGAAAGCAGGGGACAGUUCAGCUGGGGGAUCUUUACGCCGAGGAGGAAAAACACAUUCUUGUGGAUUUGGCCAUUCCGUCCACCAAAGAUUUUACUACUGAUUUACUCGCCGUCAAACUGUUGUACAGAGACCCUGUGUCGAGGGAAACCCUAGAGACGGAAAGGCGAGUGGUCUCCAUAUCGAGACCCGACCGCGCCGUUCCGCAGAGGAAUGUAGUGGUGGAGAGGCAGAAAAAUAGGGUUAAAACGGCGCAGGCAAUUUCGCAGGCCAGGGCUUUGGCGGACUGUCGAAAGAUGAUAGAAGCGCAGCAGGUGCUCCGCAAAGCAAAAGCUGCUUUGCAGAGAUGGAGCUCGGACGAGCUUUGUGUUGCCUUGCAGUCCGAGCUUACGGAAAUUGAGUCGAGAAUGGAGAACCAACACACUUAUGAACGAUCGGGCAGAGCUUACGCUCUCUCCUCUCACAGCUCUCACUUCCGCCAGCGCGCUACCACGCGAGGUGAAAGCAUGGACGCUUUCACCAUGGAAUAUCAAACUCCUUCUAUGGUCGACAUGCUCACGCUUUCUCAAACUCAAAAUUAUUCUGCUUGGAAAGUUGCAGAGAAACUUGCUAAGGUUGCAGUGCAACGGAAAUCUUCAACUAAGGCCAGCGAUCUGCAUGGUUUUGAGAAAGCUGGCUUCUGAAUCCUGUCACAUAUGUGUAUUUUUUCACCUUUACCUGUAUAAAUGUUGAGCUACUGUUCAUGUAUAGCUGAAUCUUUUAUUUGCUGCUGGAUCUCUUGGUCCUCCUUUGGUCAACUCAUUAUCACGGCUGUAGCUUAUUUCCAAUCAAUGUGAUUUGAUCAUUUAGGGUUA